AAUGAUUGGAAUGCCUUUUGACUUGAAGAAAAUUAAUGCAGUGUCUUAAACAGUAAUCUCAAGAUUCCAUGGUUUGUUGAGAAGAAGGAAGUAGACUUGAUUGAGGAUCAGAAAUUCAUCAUACCUUUACAGGGGUCAUAUUUCAUACAACUUCAUAAUCUAGUAGUGUCUGCGGCCAGGCAGAAUAAACAGAGACCAAUCGAGUCCGCCCAAUCAAUACUUCUAUAAAUAGGAGACGGAUUGGAGCCUCUUUACUUUAUCCUUUGACAGUCUGCUUCUCUCAACACAUGUAAAUUGAAAUGUGUGCUUUUCACAAGAAAGGUCGAUCACAAAGUCUGCCUAAUUGGAAUGGCGACCAGGAUGACAAAUUACAUUAUAGAUUGACCAUCAUGGGCGCCGCCGGGGUAGGCAAGAGUUGCAUAAUUUCCCAGUUCCUUUACGAUCACUUUAUCAAUGAGUAUAAAGAAACUGUUGAGGAGUUUCACCGCCGAGAAUACACCAUAAACGGCAGAGACUUAGUUCUUGACAUUCUAGACACGGCGGGUGCACAUUCAUUUCCGGCCAUGCGCAGACUGGCUAUUUCAACGAGUGACGCUUUUGUUCUGGUAUACUCCUUAGACGAUGAAUCUUCGUUUCAAGGCGUGAAAUAUUUGCGAGACAUAAUCUUAAGUGAACGAAAAGGUGAACAUGUGCCGAUAGUCGUCGUUGGAAAUAAAUCGGACAUUUCGGAUGAGAAGAGAGCUAUAAUGCGUCAAACGGCUGAAUCCAUCGUGUGUUUUGACUGGGGUAACGGGUACAUUGAAGCUUCAGCUAAAGACAACAUCAAUGUCGUCGGAAUAUUCAAGGAAAUUUUGAGACAGGCGCAUGUUGAGCUAAGUAAUACACCACUACCUAAGAGAAAGCGCUUUGGCUCAACGUCCUCAGAGGGUUCUGACAUUUCUUACAGUUCGGAGACGAGGAAAAGAAACAGUUGUGUUAUUACAUAGCUAGCCUUUCCCCACUACCAUUCCUUUUGUAAAAUGUUUAUAAAUAAAAUAUAAAA